AUGAUAGAGGGAUAGGUAGGAUAUACUAGAAAAUAUCUCGCAAUUUGCCUCGGUGGAAGUGUCUGUUAGAAGCUGUGCUAGGUUUGGUGUAAAAAGGUAUGUUGACUGUUACAUUACUGUUAAAUCUAUAAAUUGUCAUUUACAACCUGGAACAUCGAGGGAAUAUUUCUAUGUGUUGUUGAGCUGUACAUACAGUACAUACAGUACAAGCCCAUUGGAACCUACCUACAGGUAAUCAGGAUGUAAAUAUCUACUAUUUGAAUAGGUACUAGGCAACUCCACUGGUAAGAAGAUGUCUGUUGAUGUCUGAAUGGAAGUCUCUGGGACUCUUUAAGAUUUGUGUGCAUUUUCCUUGUGGGUUGUGCCUGUUUCUGGAUUCCUGUCUGCCAUCUUGUCUUCUGACUGACCUGGCAGCUCCUGGAGAGAACUUUUUAUUGGUGAAAAGUCUCAGAAAAUCUAAACAUGGAAAAAGGACACCAAUCAAAUGAAUCGGCUCCACCCUACCCGGGACCACCAAUGAACUACGGGGCACCUUAUCCUCCACAAGGCUACCCGUCUGCACCUCCGGCUGGUUACUCACCUGUAGCAUCUCCACCUGGUUACUCGCAUGCACCACCUCCAGCUGGUUACUCGCAUGCACCACCUCCUGCUGGUUACUCACCUGCAGCACCUCCAGCUGGUUACUCGCCUGCAGCACCUCCACCUGGUUCAUACCAAGGAGCGUCACCUUAUUAUGGUCCAGUCCCAGCUGCACCUGCCCAAACAGUGACUCAUGUGAUAAUGAGACCUGCACUACAUGACAUCCCAGGACAAACUCUAUGUCCCCACUGCUGUCAGACUGUGGUCACCAGGACGGAGCACACGCCGGGCCUGUUGACCUGGGCCAUUUGUGGUGGCCUCGCCUUCUUCGGUUGUUUUAUUUGCUGCUGCAUCCCGUUCUGCAUUGACUCCUGCCAAGAUGUAGAGCAUCGUUGUCCAUCUUGCAACAAAACCAUCUACAUAUACAAGCGGAUGUGAAGCCAUCCCUGAUGUAUGGAUCAUUAUUAUAUGAAAAAGCAUUUACAAUCUUGUACCCACAGUUCAUCAUUGAACUCUAUGAAUGUAUAUGAACUGUAAUAAGAUGUGAUUCUAGGUCUCGUUCUAGGAUAUUUUCAGUUAUUACGAAGUAUUAUGAUUUGUCGAUGUUAAAUCAAACCAUCUCCGGGUUCUCCGGUGUUCCUCCCCAAAGUCCAAAAACAUGCAAAAUGGGGAUUAGAUCAAUUGGACACUCUAAAUUGACCGUAGGUGUGAGUGUGAGAGAGAGCGGUUGAAUGGUUGUCCGUGGCCCUGCGAUGGACUGGCGAUCUGUCCAGGAGUUGGCACAGCGCCCUCCGUGGCCCUCCUGUGGAGGAUGAAGGACGGAUUGGGUGGAAUGAAAUUGAAUUGGUGCCAGUUGUAGAAUGAAUUGCUCUCCUUUCUCCAGUUGUCAAUGUACAGUAGUUAUUUGCCAAGUGUCUUACAUUUCCAUGCUUGUUCCAGAACCAAAUAUCUUUCUAUAUUUCUAUCUCUAUAUUUCAAAGCAUAAUGGGUGCUCAUCAAUGGCAUUUUAUUAAAUCUUCUAUUGUUACCACA